AUGGCCAAGCUGGUGGAGUGCGUCCCCAACUUCUCAGAGGGGAAUAACAAGGAGUACACCUUCGUGGGGUCUCCCGAGGCCGUUGUCGAAGGAGCGCUGAGCGCUGCCCGUGCAGCUGGGCAGCUCAUUGACAUGAGACAGCACACAGGUGAGCAUCCUCGCAUGGGGGCCCUGGAUGUCUGCCCCUUCGUGCCGGUGAUGAACGUCAGCAUGGAGGAGUGUGUCACCUGCGCCCACAUCUUCGGGCAGCGCUUGGCAGCGGAGCUGGGGGUGCCUGUUUACCUGUACGGAGAGGCUGCGCGGGAGGAGAGCAGGAGAGCCCUGCCCACCAUCCGUGCUGGGGAGUACGAGGCGCUCCCUGAGAAGCUUGCAAAACCAGAGUGGGCUCCUGAUUUUGGACCCCCAACCUUUGUCCCCCGUUGGGGGGCCACAGUGACGGGCGCCCGGACCUUCCUCAUUGCAUACAACAUCAACCUGCUGAGCACCAAGGAGCUGGCUCACCGCAUCGCCCUCAACCUCCGGGAGCAGGGUCGCGGCACCGAUCAGCCCGGGCGCUUGAAGAAGGUUCAGGGCAUUGGCUGGUAUUUGGAGGAAGAGAACAUAGCACAGGUUUCAACCAACCUGUUGGACUUUGAGACCACACCGCUCCACGCCGUCUACGAGGAGGUCUGCCGAGAUGCGGAGGCUCUGAACCUCCCCGUGGUGGGGUCCCAACUGGUGGGGCUUGUUCCCAAGAAGGCCAUGCUAGAUGCAGCUGAAUUUUACAUCAAGAAGGAAAAACUCUUCAUCCUGGAGGAGGAACAGAAGAUCAGGCUGGUGGUCAACCGGCUGGGCCUGGACUCCCUGUCCCCGUUUCACCCCCGGCAGCGCAUCAUCGAGUACCUGGUGCAGGCAGGAGGAGGGGAAAGGGGGCCG